GAGGCGAGUUUAAUAUCUGCCCUCCCUUCCUUGUUGACAACCCUUGAACUACCGCGGGAAACUCAUUGCUUGCACUGUGUCACUGAAGGAGAAGCUCAGUCCGUGUAGGUUAUUUACAUUGCAAAAUGUCUAAAAAGAAAGGUCUCAGUCUUGAGGAGAAGAGGACACGCAUGAUGGAGAUUUUCUUCGAGACAAAAGAGGUGUUUCAGCUGAAGGACAUUGAGAAAAUCGCCCCCAAGACUAAAGGAAUAACACCCAUGUCAGUGAAGGAGGUUCUCCAGAGUCUGGUGGAUGACAACAUGGUGGACUGUGAGAGAGUGGGCACCUCCAACUACUACUGGGCCUUCCCCAGCAAGGCCCUGCACGCCCGCAAGCGCAGGGUGGAGGAGCUGGACAAGCAGCAUACCGAGGCGAAACAAAGGAAGAUGUCUCUGCAGCAGGCUGUCGACAAAGCAAAAGUAGGACGUCAAGAUACAGAGGAGCGGGCCUCUCUUCUAAAUGAGCUGCAGGCUCUGAGGGAGAAGAGGAGUCAUCUGAAGGCAAAGCUGGAGAAGUACAGGGAGUGUGACCCUGAAGUGAUCGAGGAGAUGAGAAAGUCCAAUGUCACAGCUAAAGAGGCAGUGUCCAGAUGGACAGAUAACGUCUUUGCCAUCAAUUGGGCCAAGAGGAAGUUUGGUUUCGACGACGGACGCAUCUAUAAAGCCUUCGGGAUACCCGAAGACUUUGAUUACAUGGACUGAAUGCACUAUCUGUAAUUUCUAUGAAUUGUUUUUGUUAAUUGAGUGACAGCCAU